GGGUGACGGCGCGCCAAGUCCGCAUGUGCCACCUGGUAGCGCCCUGGGGAAGAUCCCGGGCGCAGAGUUUCCUUCCCGGGUGCCUCCGGGGCCCAAGGCCAGCCGGCAUCCUCGUGUCUGCAGGCCCGGGGCCGGCGACGGCUGUUCCUUCCGUUCGGCCGCGGCCCGAUGGAAGAGCCUCCCGGGAAACCUCUCAGCUAUGAGGAAAAGGAAAAGUUGAAGGAAAAGUUAGCAUUCUUGAAAAGGGAAUACAGCAAGACGCUGGCCCGCCUCCAGCGUGCCCAAAGAGCUGAGAAGGUUAAGAAUUCUGUUAAGAAAACAGCAGAAGAACAUGAUUGCUUGUUCCAGCAGGACAUUUCACCACAGCUAAACCACUCAGAAUCUAAAAAUAAAGUAUCUCCUUGUGAGACAUUACAAAUCAGCACCCAUCUGGAUGAAGAAACUGGAGAAAAGACACCUAUCACACUUGACAUUGAGCCUGAGUCCUUCAACCUUGGACAUGGCCCCGUGGAAAGAUUACAUAUACAAAGUGAUAUCCAAGAACAUUUUCCCUACCAGGUCAGUGGUCCUAGUGGUGAGAAAAGGCAGAGUAAGUUGCCAAAGAGAAGAAAGCAGCAGCAGAGAACAUUUACUUCACAGGCAAGAGAAUCUUUCCUUGACACGGAUUCACUCAUACUCUCUGGAAAAAGACUAAAGGAACUGGAAGAAAUCAAUAGAGAGAAUCCUAGAACACCUGUAACUGGAAGAACUUACCUUUCAAGUUCUACGUGUGACAUUCUGGAUUCUCCAGCACCAGUGACAGAAACUAACGUAAGGGGUGUAUUAACUCCACCAACUACCAAACCACAAAGAGUUGUUGAUGCACUCGUAAGAGGAAAUCAUUUCCCCACAGUGUCUACACUUGCUUCAUUUACUCCAUCAAAUAACAGUAGUGGUCAGCACGUUGAACAUAAGCCUCCUAAAGGCGACUGUGAACUCAUUACUCAUGGUUUAAAAAACAUUAUCCCUGCUUCACCUGUAAACCUGGAGGCACAAGACCAAAAAAUGUCUGUCUCUACAGAUAACCCAGAGGUAAAUAAAGCUGUAAGUGCAAGUGGCCAGCUGCCUAGAAGUCCUGACUUAGAGACAGAUAAUUUGUGCUCUGUGAAUGAAUUCGCUUACAAUAACUUAUCAGCAAAUGGAAACCAAAAUUUAAAAGGACAGAAUCACACAGAGGAGUGUUUAAAAUCUCCCCAUAACACUCUUGAUGAUAGAAAUGAAAGUCCUCAGGAAAAAGAGGUUGUAAGUCAAUCUAAGAGUCUUAGCCCAGAAGUAAUCUCUCCUGCUUCUGCAGAAAAUCAAACACAUUCUUGCACAAUGCUCGAAGGCCUUCCAUUUCCUGCAGAAUAUUAUGUUAGAACAACACGAAGCAUGUCAAGUUACCAGAGAAAAGUAGCCCUGGAAGUUGUAAUUCAAAAUCAUUUGGGUGUCAAAAAGAAAGGGUAUAAAAAUAGAAGUAAGGAGGCAACUAAAAAUUUAAACCUUCCCAGUGAAGAAACUGACCAGAGUGGAAUUAGGACCUCUGACACAUGCACAAGACAACCAAACUCAGGAAGUCCUCAGAAACGUCCCUCUUCAACUGAAGUCAACUCUCCCCUUGGGCCCCCUAAAGAUAAUCUUUCCAGGAAGGCAGUUAUCCAGCCAUCUGGUAGGAGACACGGAAGAAAAACAAAGUCAAUCUGCACCCCUGUAUUAGAUGAUGGUGAACUCCUUUUGCCAACUUUUGGCACAUCAGGUGUUAAUAGAUCCAAGGAAGAAGUUGCCUUGAACAAAGAGCAGAAUGGAAAGGCAAUUAUUCAUGGGAAGAAAGAUGAUCGUCAAAAAGAGGACUCCCUUUCUUCCAGAAAUAAUGCUUAUUUGGCUUUGGAUUCUGCUGCAUUCAGGGCUUCAUUUCCUAAGGAUGAGAUGCUAAGUUUAAAGCAACUGUCCUCUGUUCUCAAAACCACAGAUUUUCAGUUACCUGAUGAAGACUUUGGACCUCUUAAGCUUAAGAAACUGAAGUCCCAAUCAGAAAAAUCAGUGGAGCCUUUUGUAUCAAAAAUGUAUGGGGAUAAGCUCCUUAAGGAGGGAAACUGUGUUAUUUUGGAAGAAAUGACACCUACACAAAUUGAUAUUGAAAUGGAGGACUUGGAAGAGGAAAUUCUUGUUCUCCCAGGAAAAGCACAACCUAAAACACCAAACCCAACAAGCCAGCCUCAGAAGAAGGGCCUUUCUUCAUCCAUAGUACUUUUCACUCCUUUCAAUACCGUCACCCCUGAGGAUAAUGACAGACUGAUGGCAGAUGUGUGUUCGCCCGCCUUCCCCAUCCUAGGCACUACUCCAGCUUUCGGCUCCCAAGCACGCUGUGAAAGAGUGUCCACGAAGGUGGUUGGAUCAACUUGCUCUGUACCCCAGCUUCCUCACUUGAAAGACUGUGAUCGGAAGCAAGGCGACAGUUGGGCCAGCCCCUCAAAAUCAGAUGGCAGCCCGGUUGUGUCAGGUCGGGAAGGACAGCCUUCCUGUGGCAAUGAUUCUGGUUCCCAAUCAAAACUUCUUCCCACUGAGUCAGUCACUUCCGAAGAAAAUCAGCUGUGUGGAAAUAUGCACGUGGAGUCAUGGAAACAGUCCACUGAGCAGACUGAAGUAGGAGACCUUCCUGCUUGUAAUGGCUUAAUCCCAGGCCACCUACAAUUGGUUUCGAAGUUAAAGAAUCCUUCUGGUUCCUGUUCCGUGGACGUGAGUGCCAUGUGGUGGGAAAUAGCCGGUUUCAAAGAGCCAUGUAUCAUAACUGCCUGUGAAUACGUAGUUUCUCUUUGGAAACCUCUAGAUACUUGGCAGUGGGAAAAACUUUAUUCCUGGCACUUUACAGAGGUUCCAGUGUUACAGAUAGUUCCAGUGCCUGAUGUUUGUAACCUCGUGUGCGUGGCUUUGGGAAAUUUGGAAAUCAGGGAAAUCAGGUCAUUACUUUGUUCCUCUGAUGGUGGAUGUGAAAAGCAAGUGCUACUGAGUUCUGGAAAUAUAAAAGCUGUGCUUGGCCUGACAGAGAGGAGGCUAGUCAGUAGCAGUGGGACCCUUUGUGACCAACGAGUAGAAAUCAUGACAUUUGCAGAAGACGGAAGAAGCAAAGAAAAACAAUUUUUGAUGUCCCCUGAAGAGACUGUACUAACUUUUGCUGAGGUGCAAGGGGUGCAGGAAGCUCUGCUUGGGACCACUGUAAUGAACAACAUUGUUAUUUGGAAUUUAAAAACUGGUCAGCUCCUGAAAAAGAUGCACAUUGGUGAUUCCUACCAAGCUUCAGUCUGUCACAAAGCCUAUUCUGAAAUGGGGCUCCUGUUUGUUGUCCUGAGCCAUCCUUGUGCCAAAGAGAGUGAGCCGUUGGGAAGCCCGGUGUUUCAGCUGAUUGUGAUUAACCCUAAGACAACCCUGAGUGUGGGUGUGAUGCUCUACUGUCUUCCCCAAGGGCAGGCUGGAAGGCAAGUGUGUGCUGCUGUUCACUGAGUAUGACAUUUUGGAAGGCACGUGUGCAAAUACAAAAAACCAGAUGUUCUUGUGUCACUUAGAUGAAUGGUAAACAUGAAAUACUGCAGACCAUAGUAAGAAUGUCAAGUAGGAAGAAGUGUAAAGUUUAGUAGAUCUCAGUCAAAUCCCAGGUUCCCUACAUUCUUAUCCCCACCAUUAUGGGGUUGGAUAGGUUAUUUUAUGUGUAUUCAAACCCUGUUUUUCCCAUAACAAAAACAUUUCAAAUGCAAAUUAAGUAAUUAAUAUUCUCUACAAAAAUGUCCUUUCCAUAAAACCUAAAUUAAGAAAGUUUUAAAUAUUACUUUGGGAAGGCCUCUUUUACUUUGAAAUCUGACGAGUCUCCAUCGUGCAAGCAAUUGAUAUUUAUCUACUGACUGAUGAGAAGAUCUAUUUAUCAGUGAUACCGUUAUUGGUAUCCCAGGUGUUCUGUGAGCUCUCUAGAGCUCUAAAGUAGUGUUGGUGUUGUUAGGCCAC